UUCCGUUUAUUUAUUCGCCCCCCCGAGCCGCUCGAUGGCCACGCCGGACACCUCGGAGAGCUCGACGCAGACCGGGUCGUUGCGGUAGUCGUCGAUGUAGUGCACCUUCCGGAUGCCCGCCGCGACGAGCGACUUGAAGCAGUUCACGCAGGGGUAGUGCGUGACGUAGGCGCAGCCGCCGCCGAGCGAGAUGCCCACGCGCGCGGCGUGCGCGAUGGCGUUCUGCUCGGCGUGCACCGUGGCCUGCUCGUGGCCGUGCGCCAUGAUGGACUGGUGCGGCGCGCCCUGGAAGAAGCCGUUGUAGCCCAUGCUGAGCACGCGCCGGUCGCGCACGACGACGCAGCCGACGUGCAGGCGCUCGCAGGGCGAGCGCGCGGCCGCGAGCAGCGCCAUGCCGCCGAAGUACUCGUCCCACGACACGCGCUGGUCGCGGGCCGCCUCCUUCGUCAACGCCUUGACGCGGCCGAGGAAGCCGGCGGGCCCCGGCGCCUCGGUGGUGACGCGCGCGCGCUUGGCCGGCGCCGGCUCCGGCCCGGGCACCUCGGCGGCAGCCGCUGCCACCGCCGUGCCGCGCUUCUUGGACGCCAUUGCUGCACCAAUACUCUUCAAGGUGCGCUAUGAGCAGUCCAAACACCACAG